CCGGCCUGCCCGGCACCAACCGCGAACCGCCGCCACGUCCCCUUUCGCAUCACACUGAGAAGCUAACUAGGGUUUCCAGUCUCGCCCCACGCGCCAACUCGCCGCCGCCGCCGCCGCCGCCGCCAAUACUGAACGGCGCAGGCCCGCGGCGCAGCGCCCGAUCCGUCACCGGAGGGGCUCGAUCUUGCGGGCCGAGAUGAAGCCCGUGGUCGGGAUCGUGGUCUCGAACAAGAUGCAGAAGUCGGUGGUGGUGGCGGUUGACCGCCUCUUCCACAACAAGGUGUACAACCGCUACGUCAAGCGCACCUCCAAGUUCAUGGCGCACGACGAGGCCGACGACUGCAACAUCGGCGACAGGGUUAAGCUGGAUCCCUGUAGGCCCCUGAGCAAAAAUAAGCAUUGGAUUGUUGCUGAGGUUCUUCGCAGAGCUAAGAUGUAUGUUCCGCCACCUGCAGCAACUGCUUCUGGCCCGCGUGCUGCCACAACUCAACAAGCUGCUACCAAGUCAUCUGCUUGAAGAUCCUCUUAGGCAAACACACAUCUGUCCUUCAAAAUGUCUGUUCUUUUCCUUGUGGAUGCAGUAGUUCGUCUGAACUCGAAAUGGAAGGGGCAGGAAUAAUCUGGCGGCUGUCCAUUUUGUUUUGUUUAAUUUGGUUUAAUUCUGUCUCAUUGAGCAUGCCCACGGCUAGAGGCCAGUGAAGAUGUAAUUAACAGCAUUAACAGAACCAGUGGGUUCAUGUCAAUGAUGAUACUUCUGCUUCACUUAA